ACACGAAAGUCAAAUGUUUGCAAAUGUUAAUUCAUUGUUACUGUAUAAUAAAUAUUUAAUAAAUUAUACUUUUUUUCAUAAUGUUUUCUGUAGUGUUAUUUCACUUUUCCUAUUAUGUUAUUUGUAAAUACUAAUUAAUAUCAAAAUUCUAAGAUAUAUGUUUAGCUUUGAUUAACUCUGGUUUAUACAAACACUACCAAUCAUAUAUAGAUCUGAUUAAGUGAGGUACUUGAAACUUAACACUUCAGCAACUAUACCAUUAUUACAUUUGGAUUGAUGCCAAAUUGUUCUUAUUAUAAACGACUUAAAUAGCUUAAUUAAAAAAAAUCGGUACCCAGUUUCAUACUCAUUAAACAUUUUUUCAUUUCAUGUUUUGUAAUGACAUUAACAGUUUAACUAUUACAUCACAAUUAUUUCUUAACAUAAUAUUUUAUAAUUAAGAAGAGUAAUAUAAAGAAUUUUCAAUGCAUAUCUGGCACCAAAUUUACACUUUAAUACAUUUAAUGAAUGAUUUGAAACUUAGUUACAGUCAUACAAUAUCUGCUUCCCUCUAUCAUCUUACUUGAGGUAAUUUUAGUUUCACCUCUCAGCUUUGCUUGAACUAGUACAUAGUUAACUACUACUCAUUCAGUACAUUCUUAUCUGCUGUACCAGAAUCAGUCUUCUUCAACUCAUUAAAGUGAACAAUACAUUUGUAUAAAUUAAAUAUAUUAUACGUUUAUUUUCUAUCAUUCUCUUCUAUUCUAUCAUUUUUCUUUUAUUAUAAAAAUAUAAGAAUAUUUAUUCUAAGAUUAUUCCAAAAGAAAUGGACAUAGCAAAGGAAUUAAUAUUGAAUUUAAAACAAAAUAAUAAAUCACACGUGGGAUAUGGUUUACAGAAAGAAUGUGAAGCACUAAUUGGUCAUGUUUUGCAAAACAUGGUACAAUCCGAAUUACCUGAAUUAAUUCCUGAAGUGAAACAUGAACAAGAUUCUAUUCAGUAUAGAGAAGAAGGAAAUCAACAUUUUGUAAUGGGUGAUGAUAUUGAAGCUAUAAAAUGUUACACAAUGAGUUUAGCAUAUGCAAAUAAUAAAGAACUUAUGUCGUAUGCUCAUGCCAAUCGAUCGGCUGCUUUAUACAGAAAACAAAUGUAUAAAGAAUGUAUAAUAGACAUUGAUGCUGCAUUGAAUCUUGGCUAUCCAGAAGAAAAAAGGGAAAAGUUAAAAGAGAGAGGAGCCAAAGCUGUGGAAGAAAUAAAAAAAAAAUUACUGAUUAAAAAGGAUGAUCAUAUUGAUACAGAAAAAUUGAUGAACGCAUGUUUAUCAGAAAAGAUAAGCGACAGUCCUAACGUAGUAAAAUAUCGAAAUGGAAAGGAGGAAAUUGGCAAAAAGAUAAAUAAAAAUGUUAACGCUGACGAAAAUAAACACGAUUCAGUUAAUGAAGAAAAAGAACCCAGAUACUUAGCAGAUGAAGGUCCUUUAAAGUUAGCUUAUGGUCCAGGUAAAGAGGCUCCAGCUGCUAGCGAUGGUGUUAGCAUUGCUUUCUCUGAAAAAUACGGGCGUCAUUUAGUAGCUACAAAAGAAUUUAAGCCUGGUGAUAUAGUUACUAUUGAAGACCCUUAUGCAUGUAUUCUUUACGCACAAUGCUAUUAUACGCAUUGCCACCAAUGCUUAGCAAGAUGCUAUAACUUAAUUCCAUGUACAAAAUGUCCAGUGGCUCAGUACUGCUCAGAGACAUGCAGGAAAUUAGCUUGGGAAAUGGCUCAUCAGAUAGAAUGUCCAAUUUUAGCAAUAAUAGGAAACUUACUUAACGUUGAUGAAGAUAAGAUACGAAUGCUUACCAAGAUCAUUAGGUUUCUGAUUGUAGUAACAGCAAAGGGUGAAAAAAUUGAAGAACUGCUUGAAGACAUGAAAAUAGCUGAAUCUAAUCCAGAUAAUAGAACUGCAGGAUUUACAGAUGAAGGCAUACUGGAUAGUGCCAGUGCACGAUCGGCUCUGAGUCUUGCUACUAAUAUGACAACAAGACCACUCAUUGGAAUCAGCGCUUUUGCAUGUAUCUCGUCUCUUGCAAUUAUGCUCCUAGCCACACAGACUAAUUUCUUCUGCAAGAAAUACGAAGUGAACCAAUUAAAAAACAUUGACAAUUUUCCUAAGAUCAGAUUCUGUGGCAGCCUUAUGUUCCGUGCCUGUGUUAUAAUGUCUUCCAAUUGUUUCUCAGUACAACAAGACCCAGGAAUUAAAACAGGUUCAGGAUUAUACGUAACGCAUAGCUUGUACAAUCAUUCUUGUGCUCCGAAUACAUUUCGGCAUUUUGAAGGGUUGACAAUGAUUACUCGAGCGUUGCAGCCAAUAUCUCCUGGAGAUCAAAUAUUCACAAAUUAUGGUGCUUCGUAUGCGUACAUGACAAGAUCUGCAAGAAGAGAAAAAAUAAUGCAAGAUUACUUCUUUGAAUGUGAUUGUACCGCGUGUACAUUUGACUGGCCAACGUACAAUACAAUUCUUCGCAAUCACAUUGGUUCUAUCAGUAAGAAUAAGGAACUCGUGGAGAAAUUGAAGCCUUAUAAGCAACGAUUAACGAAAAAUAUGUAUGACAUUGAAGCUGUGAAAUCGGUCCUCCUUAUAUUGUUCAAAGCAGUGACCCAGCCAUGCGAAGAAGUCGUACAUGCGGAACAAUACCUGAAGAGUUAUUAUUUAGGUAAAUUUAAGUAAACUUGAAGUGAAGUUACUUACAUUUACUUAUAUGCUUGUAUGCUUUAUUUAUAUGCUUCACUUACUUGCAAAUACUAAAUAGUAUACUUACACCCUGCAAACCACUUUCACCUAAAUAUUUCACUUUGUACACUGAUUUACUUGCUGCUUAUUAAUGCUUUAUAGCCGCUUCUAUUAGUCUUUAGCUUAUAUUAUUCUAUAAAAAUAAUAUAUUGAAUUCUUCUGCUGCAAUGGUAUGUGAAAAGUGUGUGCAUUAGAUAUUCCAAUUUCAACUUCAAUACUAUAGAUGAAUUCUUUUGUUUUUAGAUCCAUAAAAGAGGCAUCAAUAUUGUACUACGUUAUUAAUGAAAGACAUGGAGUAUUCCUAAAAACAUUUUAUUUAAGUUAUACAUGAUAUUUAGCUAAUUCCUAAAAACGUGUGUAUAGCUUUUUCCAUGGGUUAUACUUAUAUAAUUGUUCAAACAAAUUGAAAUUCAUGUAAUAAUGUAAAUUUAAAAAACAUGUAACAUAGAAAAUAAACUUUUUAAUGCCUA